AUGUUAGCUGUGGGGGCGAUGGAGGGCCCCCGGCAGAGCGCGUUCCUGCUCAGCAGCCCGCCCCUGGCCGCCCUGCACAGCAUGGCCGAGAUGAAGACCCCGCUGUACCCCGCCGCCUACCCCCCGCUGCCCGCCGGGCCCCCCUCUUCCUCCUCGUCCUCCUCGUCCUCGUCGCCCUCCCCGCCUUUGGGCGCCCACAAUCCAGGCGGCUUGAAGCCCCCGGCCGCGGGGGGCCUCUCGUCCCUGAGCAGCCCCCCGCCGCAGCUCUCGGCCGCCACCCCGCACGGCAUCAACGACAUCCUGAGCCGGCCCUCCAUGCCGGUGGCCUCGGGGGCCGCCCUCCCUUCCGCCUCGCCCUCGGGGUCCUCUUCCUCCUCCUCCUCCUCCUCCUCGUCCGCCUCCGCCACCUCGGCCUCUGCGGCCGCCGCCGCCGCCGCUGCAGCCGCCGCCGCCGCCGCCUCGUCGCCCGCGGGGCUGCUGGCCGGCCUGCCUCGCUUCAGCAGCCUGAGCCCGCCGCCGCCGCCGCCCGGGCUCUACUUCAGCCCCAGCGCCGCGGCCGUGGCCGCCGUGGGCCGGUACCCCAAGCCCCUGGCCGAGCUGCCCGGCCGGACGCCCAUCUUCUGGCCCGGGGUGAUGCAGAGCCCGCCGUGGAGGGACGCACGCCUGGCCUGUACGCCCCAUCAGGGAUCCAUUUUGUUGGACAAAGAUGGGAAGAGAAAACACACCAGACCCACGUUCUCUGGCCAACAGAUCUUCGCCCUAGAGAAGACAUUUGAACAAACGAAAUACUUGGCGGGGCCAGAGAGAGCUCGCUUGGCCUAUUCUUUGGGGAUGACGGAAAGUCAGGUCAAGGUCUGGUUCCAGAACCGCCGGACCAAGUGGAGGAAGAAACACGCGGCUGAGAUGGCCACGGCCAAGAAGAAGCAGGACUCGGAGACCGAGCGGCUCAAGGGGACUUCGGAGAACGAGGAGGACGACGACGACUACAACAAGCCUCUGGACCCGAACUCCGACGACGAGAAAAUCACGCAGCUGCUGAAAAAGCACAAGUCGAGCAGCGGCGGCCUCCUGCUGCACGCCUCGGAGGCCGAGGGCUCGUCCUGAGCGCGGCCCGCACCGCGGGCAUCUCGGCCGCCGCGACCGCGCCCCUCAGCCCGUCCCCCCUUCCACCCCAACCCGGGCCCCAGCACCCCGCUGCUCCCCGGGCCUUUACUAUUUUCUAAGAUGUACAUAUCUAUUUUUUUAACCUAGAAAUUGUGGCGGGGGCUGGGGCGGGUAGGACGGCGCGUGGAUGAGAAGGGAGCCCGCCGACUGCACUGCGCAAAAAAACAAACAAACAAAAACCUGCAGCCGAACCCGCAACCCCGCGGCUCCCCAGGACCCUUCCCACCCGCGACGUCAGCCCUAUCCCCCGCCACCCCGCUCCCCGUCCAGGCUAGGUCCCUUACUCUGCGGUCCCUGAGCUCCGGGUCCUGUUUCUGAAGAGUGGACGGCCAGCGCCUGGUGGGAUUCUCCGAGCCACGCAGGGCGUCGCCCGCCGCCUAGGGAAAAAGGGGACCGAGGCUCCCGCUGCCCACAACUGCUCUGCCCACUAAGUAACCUGUUGAAGGCUCUAUGUAAAUAAAUCGUGAGUCACACUGA